AUGUUUUCUCUCUUCCAAACCGUUCUCCUUCUGCUACAUCUCCUACCAUCUCUCACCCAAGCAUCACCCCACCACUUCGCCCCGAAACCCGCCUACUUCCUCCUCGCUGGUGACAGCACUACAGCCACCCAAAGCGUCGGUGGAGGAGGUUGGGGGGAUGGCUUCUUAAACUACACUUUGAAAUCAGGCUCUUCAGGUCACAAUUAUGGCCAUAACGGCGCAACAACCAAGAGUUUCCGAGAAGGUGGAGAUUGGGCUCGUGUGAUCAGCGAUGCAAAAGCGAAAGUUGGAGACUAUGCAGUCUACGUGACUAUACAGUUUGGACAUAAUGACCAGAAGAAUACAUCGGGUGUGAGUUUGGAGGAGUAUAGUGGCAAUCUUGAAGCAUUUGCGAAAGAGGUCAAGGAGGUUGGGGCUGUUCCUAUUUUUGUAACUUCCCUCACGAGGAGAAAGUACAACACUGCCACACCACCGAAGAUUAAACAAGAUCUCGAAGUCCAGAGAAACCUUACGCUGGCAGCCGCUCAAGCCACACGUUCCCGCCAAAUUGAUCUGAACAUUGCAUCUACAAACUACUGUAAUGCUAUUGGAACUGAGGCUGCUUGGGGGUACAAUCUUCACCCCACGGAUUAUACGCAUUUGAAUGUGCAUGGAAGUGUGGUGUUUGGGAGGAUGGUUAGUGAGUUGAUGGCGAAGAGGUACGCGGAUAUUGGGGCUGUGACAGAAAGGAACUUGACGUUGAGUAGAGAGAUUUGGGAUGGUGUUGCUGCUUAG